AUGGCAACCAUCGGUGAUGACGAAAUUCUAGUUCAUCCUCUGCUGCCUCAACCGAAGAGUGAACAACUGUCAAUACCAAUUGAAGAAAUGAUAGCCAAGUUUGACAGAAGUGGUGAGCAUCUUUGGAGACCUUAUCAGGAGCUAAUUUGUAUUCGCAGGGUGCAUGAAAAGCUUCACAAGACGACGGAGCCUAGUUCAUAUGCCCCUUUAAUGAUAUCUAUUGGUCCCUUUCACAGGGGAAAAGAAAACCUUGAAGCAAUGGAAGAAUGCAAGCUGCACUAUAUGAGCAACGUUCUAAACCGAACAAGAGAAGUGCAUAAUGUUGAAUCGAUACAAAAUGUAUUUAGGAAUUGCGUUGAAUCUAUUGGGAAGAUGGAGGAAAACAUUCGCCAGUCCUACUCGGAAAUCAUCAAGCUCGAAAGAAAGGAAUUUAUAGAAAUGAUGGUGGUUGAUGGUUUGUUCAUCAUCGGAAUCUUCCACGCAUUAACAGGAACGAAGCUGAUAAACGACAAAUUUUUGUCUCAUAAUAUAUGGGGCAAGAAUACGCUUCUUUGGGAUCUCUUGCUCAUCGAAAACCAGAUUCCUAUAUUUGUUCUCGAACGUUUAUUCAACCUAACUGCAGACCAUAAGAACAAGCAAAAGGGCAUGUCCUUUCAAGGGGUUGCGCUGAACUCGUUCAAAAACAAUAUUGAGUUGCCGAGAAAAAUCAAUACCAUUACCAAGUUGCAACAAGCAUCUCCGGCGGAAGGUAAUAAGCAUUUACUCGAUCUAAUUGCUAAAUCUAUGCACCCUGAUACUCAUUCCAAUAAUGAGCAUGUUGUUCAAAUCAAUUCUUCGCCCUUCUCAAAAUGCACAGACCUGGUCACAAUGCUUAAAGAUGCACUACUGCAAGUUUUCAAGCACAUCAUCAUAUUUAUCGCCCCUACACCCAACAGUUCUCAUAAGUUAUCAGGAAGUGUAAUUCCAAGUGCAACAGAGUUGGCACGAGCAGGAGUUAGCUUCGAAAUGGGCCCCGAUGAUGGAAGUUUCCUAGAUGUUAAAUUUGACGACGGAGUGAUGACAAUCCCUCGUCUUGUAGUCGGUAUCAAUACUGGUCGUUUUUUUAGGAAUCUCAUUGCUUAUGAGCAGUACUUUGAUCGAAAUGGAUCUCCAUAUUACAUGACCUCAUAUGCCAUAUUCAUGGAUAACCUAGUUAGUUCUGCUGCAGAUGUCACAUUACUUCGUAAUCAGGGAGUCAUUACUCAUACUUUGGGUACUGAUGAUGAUGUCUGUAACAUCUUCAAUAAACUUUGUUCUGACAUAUAUUUGAAGGACGACUAUUAUGCUGAUAUACAUAAGAGAGUGAACAUAUAUUACUGUGACCGCUGGAAUUUCUGCAAAGCGACGUUGAGGAAAACAUAUUUUGACAAUCCAUGGGCGGGUAUUUCGCUGGUUGCUGGAUCUUUAUUUCUAAUUCUUUCUCUCAUAUCGGUUAUACUAAGGUUGCUUGAGUACUUCAAACCUAAAAAGGCAGCCUGA